AUGUUUGUGUUUCCAGCUUUUGACUCAAAUUAUAAGACUAGAAAGAGAACUUUCAAAUGCUGCAGAACAUGCCGUACGAAGAGAAUGAGGUGUAUCCAGCUGGAAAAUUAUGAGGCUUUUGGUUGUGAUAAUUGUAAAAGGAAUAGAGUGGAAUGCGACUUGAUAGUAACAACUACGAAAGAUACUGUUAUUGCUUCUCAAACUAGUAGAAGCAACUCGAAGACAUCUUCCACUUCCUCGCACGAGAAGUUUCCAGGAGAAACACCCAUUCCCCAGUGGGAGGACGGAGGUAAUCUUUCUAGUCCCUAUUUCAUUCCCCAGAUUGGACAACAAUACCCCAUCCAGCAUCAGCUACAGCAAUAUCUGCAACAACCUCAGCAUCAGUCUCAGGUUCUGCACCGCCACUUAUAUCACCAACAACCUCCUUCGCAGAUUUAUGAGCAGAUGAACGGAGCACCGUUAGGUCUAUUCCAUCCUGUUACUGUCCCAACACACAUGACCCCACACUUCCAGCAAUACCCUGACUCUCAAGCACCGUAUCAAAGCCUGCCUCAAUUGAGUAUGACGACGGCACACACAUCUACAGUGGGGCCCAUUGUGACACCUGAAGCACAACAUCUCACUGGCCAGUCACCAGCGCAUAUCGGCUCACCACUUGCUCCACCCUCAUCAUAUCGAAGUAGUACUCUGCCAUUUCAGUUGAAACAAAGGUCUGGAAUGAACUUCCAAGAGGAAUAUAUGCCUGAUAUUACGGCCAGAAAUCAGAGCCCUACAAAGAAAGUAAGAAGAUCUCUGUUACAUUCAGUUCACGAUACCGAAUGUGAGGGUAAAGUGAAUCCAGACUUGUAUGAGAGGGGAAAAGAAAAAAAGGUGGAAGAGACGAACUUACCUCUGAAGGUUGGAGGAAAUAAAGACAAAAUAGAAGCACAUGUCGAUGAGCUGAAGAAUCACUCUGCAAAUGAAUGUGGUGAUUCUUCCAAUUUGCCUACUGAACCCCUAACAGCCAAUUACCUUAAGAAACGGUUCAAUUUCAAUAUUUCUCAGCACAAGAAGAGAAACAAGAACGAAACUAAGGUAACAGUUCGGAAGUUACUUAAUUUGAAUGGAGAUAAAGAUUCUAGAAUAGGUAAGGGAGAAGCUAUUGAAAGUGAAACGAUGUGCACUUUCUUACUUUCAAUAAAAGCAUUUACAUUGGAGUUGGAUUAUCAGACUACAUUGGAACUUUUGGAGUUGUAUUUCUUUAAAGUAAAUAGUAUCUUUCCCAUCGUACAAGAAUCCGAAUUCUGGAAAGAUUUUCAUAACAAUCUCGUCCCCAACAUUAUUAUCAAUGCCAUUGUGUUGGUAAUUGCUAGGGAUAAGUCAGCUGAAAAGAUUUUCAUAAAAAAUAAUGUCUUCGAAGGAAAUAACAUCGAUAAACUGUUGCAAACCUUCUUUAAAUCGCUAAUAUUGAAAAUCAGAAUGCUUUUGUUGGUUUCACCCGAACUUGGUGACAAUGACCUACUAAAUAGGCUGGUUUGCCAAUUAUUACUUGUGUUACACUUCAAUUUUGAUCGCUUUGGAACAGAUGCCUGCUUCAAUGAUUUGACGGAUUCCAUAAAUAUAAUAAAAGGCUUAUACAUAAGUCAAAGGGACGAUUAUCUAGCUGAAUUAUGGUGGAUUUCCUACUUCUUUGAUAGAAUUGGCUCAAUUGUAAAUACCAGGGGUCUAGUGAUGAAAGAUUCCUUACAGGAUAAGCUUGGUUUGCCUCAGAAUGAGCAUCUUUUGGCUUUAGUUAGAUGCACUCAAAUCUUAUACCCAAUGGCCAUUAAGACACUCGUGCCACAAGUUGAUAAAUUGGACUUGGAGACAACAGAAUAUAUUGAUAAAGAACUCGCAAGACAUGAAGCAGAUUUCCUCAGCAAUUUCCAGUCCGCCUUUGAAAGGAAUAAUUAUACUAAAGCUACUAAAUAUUUCUUACCGGCCAUAGCAUUGCGGAAGUAUUGUACAAAUAUGACAUAUUUGAUAGAAAGGUUUUGCAACUGUUUGGUAAUUUCUUUGGUGCAUAAGCACACAUUGGAAAGUAGAUUGAAUUCCAAAGACUGUACUGGCAUAAGUGAUAUUCCACUAGUUGUCAGUUUAAAUACUUUGAAAUAUAUCCAGUAUUUCAAAACUCAUGAAGACAUCAUCAACAUUUCUCUCUUUCCAACAGUUUUGUGUUUGGGGGUGUCUAUCCACUUGAGACAUAAAUUUAGAGGAGCAGCUCGCAAGUCACCAAUUCCACCAAAUGUUAAAUUUGUAAGGUUUAUGCCUCGAUGGAAUGAAAAGACUUAUAAGUAUCUCGAUUUAUCUACUUACAAGUUGAUCAAAGAGCUAAAGAAAUUCUCAAAUAAAUGGUGGUUUGUAAAUGAGAUUAUAGCAGGUGCCAUCUCAGUGUGCCAAAGGUUGAAUAGCGUAGAAUUCAAAGAAGAAAGCGUCGGAGACAGAAGACCAAGUCCAAAGAGAAUGAAGUUGGAUGUACGACAGGUAAGAGAAAGACUCAAAAUAGAAUCAUUACUUACAUAUGAUGAUCACAAUAAAAGUACAAAUAGAAAUAGAGAGGAAGAAAGCACCGAUGAUUUGAAAACUUAUUUCAAUGACUACGUACUAGAUACUCCAAAAUUUAUAGAAGACGCAAUGGCUACGAAUAAGGAAAAGGACUUCAAGCUUCUUGCAGCAUUUGAAGUUGAAAAUCAGUCAGAAUUGAAGGAAUCAAGCUGGGAAGAAGAGAAACUUUCCACUCUAAACACCAUCGAGUCUUUGGCAUUAACCUUUUUUCCAGAUGACGUAUGGAAGCGUGUAAACGAUGUUUCCCGCAUAGUGGAUUCGGAAUAA